UAUAGAUUCAACGAUACACGAGUGACGUCCACAUUUCAUCAGCAGUUUUCACGUUGUCUUUGAUUAUUUAUUUAAAUUUGAGUUCGAGUGCCGGUUGCCGGUCGGGAGAAUAUUAUUAAUUAAAAUUAUUGUGUCUUACGCGCAAAGAAAGUUCUAAAUUACGAAUAUAGUUUGAAAAUAAUAUAAAUGAUGUCUCGCUUGGACGUGGUGAUAUUUGGCGCCACCGGUUUCACCGGCAAAUAUGCCGUGAUAGAAACAAUCAGGUUGAAGAAGAAGUACCCUGAGCUGACGUGGGGCGUCGCCGGAAGGUCGGAGAAGAAACUGCACGAGCUGAUGCAGGAGGUCUCGAAAAAGACUGGUGAAGACAUAUCGGGCAUUACGGUCAUUGUCGCGGAUGUUAAGGACGAAAGCAGUCUGAAGACCAUGUGCUCGCAGGCGAAGGUUCUGGUGAACUGCUGCGGCCCGUACAGGUGGUACGGCGAGGCGGUAGUACGAGCCGCAAUCGAAUCCAAGUCACAUUAUGUGGACGUCAGUGGAGAACCGCAGUUCAUGGAGACGAUGCAGUUGCAUUACAAUGAGCAGGCUCGCGAGGCAGGCGUGUACGUGAUCGGCGCGUGCGGCUUCGACAGCAUCCCCAAUGACCUUGGACUCGUGUAUCUGCAGAACAACUUUAAAGGGACUCUGAACUCUGUGGAGUCGUACUUGAGCGUGAGAGUGUCGCCGGAGUACGAGGCGGAGGCGAGGAAGACCGGCGGCCUGCAUUACGGCACGUGGGAGUCGCUUGUCUACGGUCUGGCGCACAGUGACGAGCUGAAACCUCUGAGGAAGAAAUUAUAUCCGGAGAGACUGCCAACCUUCAAACCCAAACUGGAGAAACGCUCAAUCAUCCACAAGCGGGAUGGUAAGUGGUGUCUUCCAUUCCCCGGCGCCGACGAAUCCAUCGUGUACCGCACACAACGAACCCUCUACGAGAACAACCAACAACGGCCUGCACAGUUCAAGCCUUACGUCAGAUUCAGCAGUCUUCUUCAGACCCUGGCCACGAUGUUUGUUUGUAUCGUCAUGUUCUUGAUGUCCAAGACUGGGUUUACGAGGAAGCUGUUGCUGGAUUAUCCGAGGUUGUUUUCGUUGGGACUGGCGUCGCAUGAGGGACCCAGCGAGCCGGUUAUGGAGAAUACCACGUUCAAGUUCGAGUUGUAUGGUGAGGGCUGGGAGGAGGGAGCGGAUGUUGACGCCACGCCGCCUAACAAGAAGAUGGCUGUGAAGGUGUCGGGCAAGAACCCCGGGUACGGCGCCACCGUCACUGCGCUGAUGCUGUCCGCCAUCACCAUACUCAAGGAACAGAACAAGAUGCCGUCCACCGGUGGAGUGGUAACAACCGGAGUGGCCUUCAAAGACACUGAUCUAGUGAAGAACUUGACCGAGAAUAACGUCACGUUUGAAAUAAUCGACUCCCAGUAAUACCGGAGAUACGACCUCGGCGAUAUAUGCAAGCUAUGUUAAUAAACACAGAAUCUUUAAAAGUAUGAAUAUUUAUAGAAUGUAUGGACAAUGCUAAAGUAAAAUACGCAGGUUUAAUCGCCGGUAGAUAACACCACGCAGUAGUGUGCUCAAGUUUGCCGGCUGUUUUAUCGAGAUAGUGUCGAGAAGCAAUGUCUCGUUGGGCGAUAAAUAUCUGGGCAGUAGUCAACAAUUAUAACCAAAAAGCAUUUCAUAAACAAUUAAAUGAUUUAUCUUAUAAACAAUUAAAAAUAAUAACUGGAUAUUGAACCACAAAGUGUUUCUCUAAGAUGAGUAUAGAUGUCGCUAACUAUAAAUAAUAUACUGUCAAUCGCUCUCUUACCAUCAAAAUGAUUUGUGAAAUUUAUGAUUUAUAUAAGUUUUGUUAAUAAUACAUUUAUUUGUAAUGAGUCAUUUUAGUAUCCAGCUUAAAACUCGAUGAAAAGAUAUGCCUAGAAUUAAGUACGUUCCCUAUAAUGCUACGGAGCUUGUAUCUAGUUCUUACAUUGCCCGCUAGAUGACAUUUCUGUUUUAUUUAUUGGCUAUAAUGGAAUACAUUUUAACUUGUCCAUAGUAGUUGAUAACCACUUACAUUCAAUGACAAACUACCAUAUUUGUAAUAACUUAUAUUAAUGUUUGUAUUUUGAUGUGUAACAUAAUCGGUAGAUGGCGCUAGUUGCCACUUUCUUAAACUUUACUGAUGGAUUUUGCCUUAACAAUAUUGGCAUAUAUUAUAUGUGAAUCCUACGCUAGUUAACGGUUUUUAAAAUAAAAAAUAUAUUUGAGGUGAGCGCACAAUGAGACUGCUAUUUGUAACGACGCGACGCGUAACCGACUAGUGCUGCACUAAUUAUUCCGACUCACUAAUGGAAAAUUCUAUAUCAUAGUUUUUACUGCUAGUAUAAAAUAUAAAUCUGUGUAAAUUAACGUUUCAUAAGCAGGGCAUCUUUUAUUUGAAAAUAGUUUAAUCCGAUAAACGGCAGUUUGAAUUAUCGUAUAACGAUAUUUUUUAAUCAUUUCUGACGAGGGGUGAGUUUUUUAAAUAGCAUUUAAUCAUUAAACAUGGUUCAAUAGAUAUGGACGUGUAUCAAAAUAGCUUGUAUCAUAAUAUACACAGUAGUUUAGAAGUCCGCACGAAUCUGCAUAAGCUUAGUUUGCUGGUGGGACAAUGUUUAUAUUGGCCCAGAUCGUAACCUAAUGUUAGUUUCAAUAGAUUGGGUGUCCGGUCGGUGACAAAAAUUUGUUCUUUAUAUUAUACCUGAUACCGAGGUUUUUGUUAUCUCGAGGAAUAAAAUGUCCACAAAUAAUACAUGACAUGCAUUUCAAAAUAUAUUUCAGUCAAAUAACUGAGUGUACUUGAGUUGAGUGUGAUUUCUUAUGUUUACGCGAAUGUUAGACAUUGAAAUUAAACUAAUUUUCCGGAUUCUAUCGCGUUUUUUUGUUUUUUAUUUUUCUCCCGACGUUUCGAAGACUGUAGCCUUCAUGGUCACGGGGGGGACUGAGGUGUUGGAGGUGAGGGAGGACUGGAGUGUACUUACCCUAAGCUAUGCGUUGCGAUGCUACCUGUCGCGGUGUGCGCUCUUCUUUAUACCUACAUUAUAUACCCUAUACUACAUAUCUAUAAUAAUUUAUACCCUAGAUCACAAUAUCUAUGCCUUAAAUUCUAGAUGUAAUCUAGGGUAUGGUAAUAGCUUUAUAGCGCAUUUAAUGAACAUGUUUUAAAGGUCUCAAUAGGUUUAAACUGCUCUGAAUAAAAGUAGUUGAAGUCAGAAUAUUUUAAUUAUUUUUGUAUGUGAAGCUUAAUAAACAAUUAAUAAAUUUA